GCAGCUUUCUCAGUGAAUGACCCAAAGAUGUAGAGAAUUGGAGAAGGGGAGGGUAGUUCCGCCCAGCCUGGAAUUUGUCAAGUUUCAGUCCAUAUAUGGACACGCGUUCACUGAACGGGCGGGGGAAGAGGAGUUUGGUUCGGUUUACUCUGCUCAACCUCAUCAAAAGGACGCAGUAAGCUGUGCUGUUUUCUGUAGGAAGGUUGAGUUUAAAGUAACAUCACCAAAACCUACAACAGCAUGUCCGGAAAGCAGUUUAACAGCGGGCCCGCGUACGGUCUCUCAGCAGAGGUGAAAAGCAGGAUUGCUCAGAAAUAUGAUCUUCAGAAGGAGGAUGAUCUGCGACUCUGGAUCGAGGGGAUGACCGGGAGGCAGAUUGGGGACAACUUUCAGAAAGGCCUGAAGGACGGAGUAAUCCUUUGCGAGCUGAUGAACAAACUCAUGCCCAACUCUGUGAAGAAAAUCAACCGGUCAGCUUUAAACUGGCAUCAGCUGGAGAAUUUGUCCAAUUUCAUCAAAGCAAUGCAGAAUUAUGGUAUCAAGCCACAUGACACAUUUGAGGCAAAUGAUCUUUUUGAGAAUGGGAACAUGACCCAGGUACAGACAGCACUGCUAGCCCUGGCAGGAAUGGCAAAAACGAAGGGAGUGAACGCUGGAGUUGAUAUUGGUGUCAAAUAUGCCGAUAAGCAGCAGCGCAGUUUUGACCAGGAGACCUUGAAUGCUGGACAAUGUGUCAUUGGACUUCAGAUGGGAACUAAUAAAUGUGCCAGCCAGGUGGGAAUGAGUGCCUAUGGUACCAGGCGACAUCUUUAUGAUCCACGCUCCCAAAUCCCUGCUUCCAUGGACCAGUCUACUAUUAGUUUACAGAUGGGGACCAACAAGGGAGCAAGCCAGGCUGGUAUGACUGCACCAGGUACCCGGCGACCCAUUUACGAUAAGAAGCUCGGCACGGAGCAAUGCGACAACAGUACGGCAUCACUGCAAAUGGGGAGCAAUCAAGGAGCCAACCAAAGUGGCACCAACUUUGGUCUGGGCCGCCAGAUCUACAAUCCCAAGUAUUGUCCAAAUGCUGGGCCUGGACUGAAUGGAAGCAAUUCCGAUUGCAGUGGAGAGCCCUUUCCAGAAAGUCCUGCCGGUUAUCCUGCACAAUACGACUGAAUCUCUGCUACAACAUUGCAAGGAAGGAGAAGGCAACUCAUUGUCCAGCUUCUAUGUGUGACUAACUUGCAAGUGGUUAAAAUCCCCUGUAUCUCUCAAACUGUUCUUAAACAUCUCUCCAUUUCUGAUUUUUUAAAAAACUUUUAAUGAAUAUGAUCCAAAUUUGAUGGUGUCUUUUAUUUACUGAAACCAUUUUACUUGACAUAAUUAAAACUGAAAGAACUGUGGAUGAUGUAAAUCAGAAACAAAAAAACACAUUGCUGGAAACGUUCAGCCAGUCUGACAGUAUUGUGGAGAGAAAUCCGUUUAUGUUUCAGGUCAGCUUUAAAUUCUGAGGGGAGGGGGUCACUUGACCUGAAAUGUUAACUCUGAUUUCUCUUCACAGGUGUUGCUAGACCUGCUGAGCUUUUCCAGCAAUUUCUACUACUUGACAUUUUUAAAAAUCCUGUAGUGAUUGAGCAAAGGGAAAUGUUUUUUGUAAGGUUCUUUUUUCUUGUACAAGAAAUUUAAAAAGGUUUUCAGAGAGGUCAGGUUCUAACUUGAUGGGAUGUAGAGGGUGGGUACGGGAGGUGUCGAGGGCUGGCACCAUUGAUGAGGUGACUGAAUAAUUAAUAUUUAGGAAUGAUGCUGCUGAAAUAAUAUUGAGAGAUUGUUUCUUCAAACCACCUCAGCACAUGUCACUCCUCACCAUUAUGGUUUCCACUGAUGGUUUAACAUAGUAUGUAUCUUUUGUAAUUUUUUUACACAUACAUCGUUUCCUCCCUGAAGAAGGUGGGAAUGAUCCAGAAUUUCAAUGUUUUCAAAAACUAGUCAUUCAUGAGAGCAGGCUGGGUGGGAAAAUGCAGCCACCUGUUUUCAAUUUUUCCACUCUGCCAAAUCAAAUAACAUUCCAAAACCAUUGCGUUUACAUUUUUUUUGUUGUUGUUGCUUUUAAAAACAAACUGGAUUCUUUUUUUAAAUCAAACAUUCCAAAGGAUUAGGAGUGUGGAGAUUGUGUGUACAGAGUAAACCCUGAGAACGAAGUCUUGCACAAUGCUUGGGCCCAUGAGCUACAGAGCUUUGGUUUUACAAUGCAGGGCAAGAUGGAUUCUUAAAACUUUUGAGUUUUCGUUUCCCCAAAAGUCUGUCUCGUGAUUUUGAUUAACUUCCUUAGAAAUCUUUGAUUCUGAUUUUGUUGAGCCUAUUGAGAAGUUCUAUUUUGUCAUCAGUAAUUUGCUUAUUCUGCAGUACUCUUCAGUUUAACUAGCUGCAAUCCUCUUUUCAAACACUCUCUCUGGCCGUUGCUACUAUAAGCAAGAGCUAAACUGCUCCAAACAGUCAUUGGAAGCAUAGUUUCAAAACUGAACUGAUAAUCUUACAGUUCAGACAACAUUAUGAAAUUGUCACACACCUAUUGUUACACGUGACUGAAAUCCUGGCUGCAAGACCAUUAAGUUUGUAGAAGGAAUCUCCGGGUAAGGAGAGGAUUUGUGUUGCACCUGUUGUGCUAAUGGCCGUGUUCAGACACCAGCUCCAGGAAUACUGUUUGUUUACUUCUGAACUUGGAGAGACUUAGAGCUGGAGAGAAUAACUGCCAUAUCCCCAUAAUAUCCACAUCCAGGGGCAAGGAGUUAUGUCAGCAUAAUUUCAUUACACCAUGAGAAUAAUCAAGUUUGGUUUCAUUUGCAAAGUAAAGGCUUCAACUCUAGGAAAUAUGUUUGAUUCUCUUUACUCCAUUUUUCCAUGUAAGCUGCUGAAUGGAAGAUUAAGCUGCUAUUACAUUAGAAAGUAUUGUGCCUUCAAACUUUACUAGCUCUCUCUCCUGUGGACCACUUGUCAGUAGUGAAGUGUUCCAUGUACUGUAUAUGCAGAUUAUUUGUAACUUUCUUAGUAAUUAAAUGUUUUUGUAAUUUUC